AUGAUCGAAUGUACAAACCUGGGUUUCGGGAUCGUCAAUUUCAAGAUCCGCGUUUUCGAAGUCGAUUUGAACAGCACUGAUCGGUUCAACGGAUUAAGCAAUGUUGUGUGUUGGGUGGAUGAAGGUGAUGUGAUCAUUGAAGAGGUUGAACGAGGAACAGGAGUCGGAGAAGUGGAUGAAGCACUAGAACUAGGAGAUGAUGGGGCCAAAGUUUGUUUAGAGUUUGAAGUGGAGGUUGAGGCUUGA